AGCGCGGCCGCCUCGGAUCAGUCAGUCCGUCUGCCGGCGCGCUGUUUUCGGCAGUCGGUGCCCGGAAGUGGCCGCUUCGCGCACAGUCCCGGCCGGGGGAGAGGUUCUGUGAGACGGUUCGGGGGACUGCAAGGCGAAGAUGACGGCGCAGGAGGUGCGCCUGUGUGGACUUUUGCUCCAGGAGCACUUUGGUGAGGUGGUGGAGAAGGUGGGCACGCAUCUACUGAGGAUCGGACCCCUAAGCCUACGCGCCAUCGCUCACGAGACCAGCACCCCGCUCGACUUGGUGAAGAAGUCCCUGUGUGUGCUGCUGCAACACAGUCUGUGCUCCUUUGAAGGCACGCAGAAGGGCCCCAGGGGAGUGGUUGAGUACCGCGCCAGCUGCGAGCGCAUCCUGCGCAUGCUGCGUUAUCCGCGAUACAUCUACACAGCCAAGACGCUGUACGGGGACACGGGGGAGCUCAUCGUGGAGGAGGUGCUGCAGCGGGGUCACAUGACCAUGAGCCAUGCCGUGCAAACGGUGGCUGACAGGCUGACCCAUAACAUGGAGGAGGGAUCUAGCAUGGAGUACAGCGAGGUAGUCUCAGCUUUCUCCCGACUGGUAGAAACCCACUUACUUCAGCGCUGCCCCUCCGUGACUGAGGGCCCUCUCCCGGUGGCGUCCUCCGGGGGUCCAGCUGCCUCAGCGACCGUGCCCACCCUGUCGGAGUGUCAGACAGAGCGCUUCAACCUGCCCCCUAUCACCCUCAAAGGUAGGGGUAAACGGCGGUUGUCCAACGAGGAUAAUGAGGCAGAGCAAGCUAGGGGGAAGCGAGCCAGGCUGGAUGAUGCCAACACUAAGACCUCAGGUGACGAAGGGAUCUACUGGCAGGUGAACUUUGAGAGGUUCCACCAGUACUUUCGAGACCAGGCCAUCAUCGGCGCAGUUGCCAGCAAACUGGACCAGACCAGCAGCGAGAUCGUUCGGACCAUGCUGAGGAUGAGCGAGGUGACAACGACCCCCACCGCUGCCUACACACAGCCCUUGUCCGUGAACGAGAUCUUCCGGGCUCUUCCUCCCAGUUACAGCAUCAGCAGGCCAGUUUUGGAGCAGUACCUCACCCUUCUGGUGGAUGACCCGAUGGAGUUUGUGAGCAAAACAGGAGACAGUGGGGGUGGCAUGUAUGCCGUCUAUGUACACAAAGUGCUGACCAGCCUGGCAAGGGCUACACUGGAAUCUGUAGUACAGGAGAGGUUUGGCUCGCGGUCGGCCCGCAUCUUUCGCUUGUUGCUCCGAAAACGCCACCUUGAGCAGAAGCAGGUGGAGGAUUUUGCCAUGAUUCCCGCGAAGGAGGCCAAAGAGAUGCUCUACAUGCUGCUGUCAGAGAACCUGGUCCAGCUGCAGGAAAUCCCGAAGACCCCCGAUCACGCGCCUUCGCGCACCUUCUAUCUGUACACAGUCAACCCGCUGUCCACUGCACGGAUGUUGCUGCAGCAUUGUUACAAGACAGUGGCUAACCUGAUUGUGAGGCGUCUUAAUGAAACCAAGGAGAACAAACGUCUGCUGGAGAAGUCCCAGCGCAUUGAGGCGAUUCUGGCCUCCCUACAAGCCAGCGGGGCGGAGGCGGCUCAGCUCACAGAAGUGGAGGAGAUGAUCACUGCCCCUGAGAGGCAGCAACUGGAGGCCCUCCGUCACCAUGUCAACAAGCUGGAUUCCAGUGAGAACCAGGUGGAUGAGACCAUCUUCCUGCUGGAGUCUCACAUCAGUUCCACGAUGGCUUCACGCUGAGCGAGAUGAAGCGGCAGGGAGGCGCUCUGCACACACAGCUACACCGACGACUACAUGAAGCCUGGGUCGUGUCUCCGGUCGACGCCAGGCCACGCUAGACGCUGCUGUAAAUCUUUCCUCAGCCAUAAGUUUUAUUAAUGGUCCUUAUCUUCAGCAGACAUUAUAGUGUAAUUAAGACUCUAUCUACAUUUUGGCCCUUUUGAAUGGUAGUAAUGUCAAAGGGAAUUAUUGUAUUAAGUUCUAUGAUUUGAUAAUAAAUACUUUCAUUAUGUA